UAUUCUUUUUUCAAUUGCUUUUCUCACCCUGUGUUCUUCAGGGUCACCCGCAUCUGAGGAAGGGAGUUUUUCGAAAGUCGUCCAGAGUUUUCUUCUCCUUUUCCUUAGUUCUUUCGACAGCAUGACUCAAGGCUGACGAGAUAUUGGCUAUGGCUGGAGCUGCUUUCAUAGGCGCUGAUGAGCGAGCUAGCAAUUACGAGGCCAGGAUUACCAUCUAUGUUGUCCUUGCCUGUAUCGUCGCUGCCAGUGGGGGGCUUCUCUUCGGCUAUGAUAUUGGGAUUUCGGGAGGUGUGACCUCCAUGGAUCCAUUCCUCAAGGAGUUCUUCCCAGUUGUCUACCGGAGAAAACACAGCCCGACCGCUUCCACCGACGACCACUACUGCAAGUAUGACAAUCAGGGCCUCGCAGCUUUCACGUCCUCGCUCUACAUCGCCGGCUUGAUUGCCACUUUCGGAGCUUCCUACACGACCAGAGUUUUUGGAAGGAAGCCGACAAUUCUAAUCGGGGGCUGCUCGUUUCUCAUCGGUGCUGGCUUAAACGCUGGAGCGGUCAACUUGGCAAUGCUAAUCAUCGGGAGAAUCAUGCUGGGAGUGGGGGUUGGCUUUGGAAACCAGGCAGUGCCGGUUUACCUCUCGGAAAUGGCUCCUCCGAAAUUCCGGGGAGGCUUAAACAUGCUCUUCCAGCUCGCCACGACUCUAGGAAUCCUGAUUGCCAACUGCGUCAACUAUGGAACGCAAAACAUAAAGCCGUGGGGGUGGAGGCUUUCGCUAGGAUUGGCAGCAGUUCCAGCAUCUCUGAUGACUUUCGGGGGCCUGUUCUUGCCGGAGACACCAAACAGCCUCGUCCAGCGAGGCCAUCUUAAGGAAGGCAAGGCCAUUCUGGAAAAGAUCCGUGGAACCACCGGCGUGGAAGCUGAGUACCAGGACCUGUUGGAGGCCAGCGACGUUGCAAAGACGGUGAAGCACCCGUUUAGAAACAUCUUCAAGCCCACGAGCCGGCCUCAGCUGGUGAUGGCCUUCUUCCUCCCUGCGUUUCAGCUUCUCACAGGCAUCAACUCCAUCCUCUUCUACGCGCCGGUGCUGUUCCAGAGCCUCGGUUUUGGAGGAAGCGCCUCGCUCUACUCGUCGGUUCUCACGGGUGCCGUGAUUGUCUUCGCUUCGCUGCUCACCAUCGCCACUGUGGAUAGAUGGGGACGUCGGAAGCUCUUCAUGCUGGGAGGAGUUCUCAUGGUCGUCUGCCAGGUUGCCAUUGCGAUCAUCUUGGCAGUCAAGUACCAAGGCCAGGAGUCCCUCUCCAAGCAAAACUCAGCGCUCGUCGUCGUCCUCGUCUGCUUCUUCGUUCUCGGAUUCGGCUGGUCGUGGGGGGGCCUCGGCUGGCUCGUCCCCAGCGAGAUCUUCCCGCUCGAGACUCGCUCCGCCGGACAGAGCAUCACCGUCGCAGUGAACCUCCUCUUCACCUUCGCCAUCGCCCAGUCCUUCCUGGCCAUGCUCUGCGCCUUCAAGUUUGGGAUCUUCCUCUUCUUCGCGGCGUGGGAGGCGAUCAUGACGCUCUACGUCUUCUUCCUGCUGCCCGAGACCAUGAACGUUCCCAUCGAGGAGAUGAUCAACGUGUGGCGGAAGCACUGGUUCUGGAAGAACGUCGUGCCGCCGGCGUCAGUGGAUAGAGAGCAGCAGCUCGCGGUCAAGUAAGAAUUCUUCUAUACAACAGUAAAAGUACUGUCUUCGUCGGCGAAUUAAAAUGACUGGAGAGGACAAUUCCUUUAAUAUACUGAACAAUAUAUCAAAUUAAAGGAGAUGUUUAGUUAAAACUUUGGGCAGAUAAUAUUAUUUCAAAACAACUAUGUUGUAUAUAAAA